GACUGUCAAGCACACAGCUGACCCAGCCUGACCUGAUGAACGUGCCCAGGCGAUAAUUGUGAUGAUUAAAGUGCCUUUCAGUGGUAGUGAUCGUGUUUCGCGGCAUUAAAACCCUCAUUCAAACAUGUAUAUCCAACUUUAUGCUACCAGAACAUUAUUUUGCUCGUUAUUUAGUCGGUUAUUCCGCUGAUACACAGGCGUAAGUGGUUCCUGGGAAGCUGGUGAAACUAGCUAGUUCUGAACAACAUGACUCUCCCCGCUUUGCACACCACCGGCGUGCUUUACAGGAGGAUUUUGUCACAGUUUCCUCAGGACAUUAGUCUAGCUUUUGCCUAUGGAUCUGGCGUUUUCAAACAGCACGGCACCAACCAAGGUCAAAUGGAGAAGAACAUGCUUGACUUUGUGUUUGCGGUGGACGACCCAGUGACAUGGCACACCAUGAAUCUGCUGCAGAAUCGCAAACACUACUCCAUCCUGAAGCUUCUUGGACCCACAAUGAUCAGCUCUGUACAAAAUGAACACGGGGCUUCGGUAUACUACAACACACUGGUGCCCGUCGAUGGAAGGAUUAUCAAAUACGGUGUGAUAAGUACAGAGUCUCUGAUAAAUGACCUGAUGCACUGGAAGACCCUGUAUGUGGCCGGACGUCUACAUAAACCGGUGAAAAUGUUGAUGCAGGGUGAAAAUGGAAAGCUCCGUGCGGCCCUGGUGGCCAACCUGAAAAGUGCCGUGACAGCCUCCUUCCUCAUGCUGCCUGAGAGCUUCACUGAGGAGGACCUCUUUCUGCAGAUAGCUGGUGUCUCGUAUGCAGGGGAUUUCCGAAUGGUGAUCGGAGAAGACAAAUCCAAGGUGGCGAAUAUCGUCAAAGACAACAUUCAGCAUUUCCGAAUUCUGUACAGCAACAUCCUGCGGGACUGCCCUCAAGUGGUUUACAAGCCCCAACAAGGAAAACUAGAGGUCGAUAAAAGCCCAGAGGGUCAGUUUAUCCAGCUGAUGGCGUUACCUCGGACCCUCCAGCAGAAGAUCACAAAACUGGUCGAUCCCCCAGGGAAAAAUCGAGAUGUGGAGGAGAUCCUGCUGCAGGUCGCCCAGGACCCAGACUGUGGAGCUGUCGUACAGCAAGGUAUUUCAUCUAUUGUGAAAUCAUCCAGUAUAACACAGAGCAUCAAAGGCAUUGCUACAGCUGGAGUUUGGAAGACGGUGUCGUACAGCUCCAAGAAGCUGAUAAAGAUGUGGAGGGGUUGGAGGAGGAAGCCGUCUGUCUCGCAGAUGUCCUGAUCCUGUCUGCCUGCCAGGAGUCUUGUCUUUUUUUUCUUCCUAAAAGCAUCAUCCAGACAAUCAACAUCCAUCCUUCCAUUUUUACCCUGCAAACAUAAUGUGCCUGUGGAACGAUCAUACACAGUCACGGCUGGUCGUAUCACUGCACGUCCUCCAUGAACGAGAUCACUUACCAGGUACAAGUCUGUGUUUGAAUAGUGUGGAACUGUGCGCACCGCUGGCCUUUAUCAUGCAACUCAUAAAAGUGGUAGAAAAAGAGUGUGACAUUUCACGAGCCGGACUGAAUUAUGGCUGACAUUUAAUGGUACUACACAACCAGACCUUUGUGGAUAAUGACUACAGAGACUGCAGAGGAACUGUUCAACAUGUCUGGAGGCACAGGGCAGAAUCAGUUCGCGCACUGCAAGCGCAAGAAUAAUGAGGGGAAAUAUUUACCGUCAUCUUUCAUAUUUUGAUAUGUGCGAGUGUGUAUGUGCAAUUUCUAUGUGAAUGUUGCUACCUCAAUGAGAAAGAGGUUUUUCCUGAGGACUUUUCAGAUGUAGACUGGAGUUACAUGUUGCACAAAUACACUUCAUAUCACCUUCUGUUGUUGCCAAAGAUGACAUCACUUUCAUCUCUUUACAUAUUAAUAGUCUAACAUUCUGUUUGAUGGUUUCCCAUAUUUAAGUUGACUAGAAAAUAGGAGAAAGUGUAUGUUAUAUUUAACAUGUUCCUCACCUCUGCAUUAUGAGCUGCUCAUAUUGGCAACUGGAGAUCCUCCAUAGAAGAGUGCAUGUUUUUUUUCCCCCCCUGCAAAUACCUGCUGUGGUCAAAUUCAGUUACCAGGACUUUGUUCAAUAAACUUUUUAAUACAACAGCAUCUUAACUCUGUUUUCUGUAGAUUAUUUCUUCAUCCAAGUGAUUUAAAAUCCACAAAAAAAUCCAAAAGAAAUCCUAAAAAUAAGAGAAAUAAAUAGAAAAGUUCCUGGUUAUUCUGAGCUUGUCCCUGAGACUAAUUUUAAACAUCAUCAACAUAUGUAGACACAAAUCAAACUUGUCCUCCAUUUGAAGUGCCUUAUUAUUUGUCAUAAUAAACAAAGACACAGUU